GAAGAUAUUGGGUCGGUUGACGCAACAUCACUGUCUUCCAAAAAAAACAAAGCAUGUGUUUCGUCAUUCUUCCUCCUCCGUGUGUUUUGAUUGAAGACUUGGAAGUGAGUCGUCUGUAUGAAGAACAAGGAAUGGAGACUGGGUUUACGGCAGGAAGAUUCUUUGCCGAAAGAGAGAAGAAACCGCGCAUUAAUUCAUAGCUACGGUUUUUGGUCAAUGGAGUUUAAAAAAAUAGAUGCAGGGUGGCGGUGGUGGUGGUUCCAUCCAAUUUCUAGGUCUCAUCUCAUCAGGUUAAGGGAUUCAACGUGAAUGUUACUGUUUCAAUUAUAUUAUUGGUUACUUUGGUAUUAUUUAAUAAUAUUAAUAUUAAGACAUAAAUUAUAUUAUACCACUGCUGAUUAGUUCAGAUAUUUUAUUUAAUCUUUGGCUUAUCAAUGCAUUGUAGUUGUUAAAACUCUUGUCCUCAGCUUUCAAUGGGAUAACGAUAUUUUCUAGAAAGAGUAGGGUAGGAAGCUGCUUGAAGGCUAAGCAUCAUGUGCUUGGUCAGUCAAUGGGGGGCAAAGUCAAUGGAUGGGGUGGGGGGAGAGGGGCUAACUCGGAAAUUCUGAGCUUCCACUUGACGGAAGAAUCAAUUCUUCCUUAUCUUGGGUAUUUAUCACCAUUUACAAAUCAAGAGAACAUUGAGUUUUUCCAUACCAACAUUGAGUUUUUCAUACCACUCUGUUCUCUUGUCUUCAACUUUAGAUUGAAAUUAUACAAUUUCAAGUUAGUUUUCGGGUUUUGGUGGCGUGGUGGGUUUUGUUGUAAAGAGUCUAGAAUGGAUCUUUUUGCCGGGGGUGCUGUAGGAACAUUGUUCACUGUGCUGUAUGAAGUUGUUAAGGAUGUGAAGGACAAGACCACGAUUUUUAAAUCCCUCCUCGGAGAUCUCAAAUCCACGCUAGAUUCUUUGAAACCGCUGAUGGAAGAUAUAGAAAAGUAUAACAAUUUGAUGGAUCGUCCAAAGGAGGAACUAGAAAAUUUCAAGGAAAAAAUGAAGAAUGGUGCUGUGCUUGUUCGCAAGUGCUCCACCGUUAGCCCGUGGAAUACCUACAAGAAGUAUAAGUAUGCCAAAAAGCUUCUUGAUUUGGACCAAUGUCUGAAUAGACUGUUAACCAUACUGAACGUUGGGGGAGUAAGGGAUGGGAAGGAGACCUUGUAUAGGGUAAUGAACAUUGAAGAGAAAAUUGAUAAAUUGCAAAUAAAAGAAGAGGUUGUGUUGCCAAAACAAUUGGACAUUAAAGCUUGGUGUGCAGUACCUGAACUUCCACCUGUUACUGUCGGAUUGGACGAGCCUUUGAGGGAUUUGAAGAAAAAGCUUCUUAAGGACGAUGUGUCAAUGCUUGUGCUGACUGCUCAUGGAGGAUCCGGGAAAACCACAUUGGCAACAAAGUUCUGUCGUGAUAAGGAAGUCAAAGAUAAAUUCAACAACAGUAUCUACUUUGUCAUUGUUUCGAAAAAGCCCAACUUAGACGUUGUAGAAGAAGUAUAUCAAAGCAUGAAUUCAGAGGAUGCAAGACAAAAUCCUCUGUUGUUGGUCUUGGAUGAUGUUUGGUUAGGAUCCGAAUCUCUUCUUCAGAAAUUUGAUGAAUUGAAAAGGCCAAAUGACAAGAUUUUGGUGACAUCAAGAUCUGAGUUUCCAGGAUUUGGUACUCCGUAUUUUCUACAAUCAUUGAAUGAUAAAGAUUCAAUGACUCUUUUUCAUCAUUCAGCAUCUCUGGAAAACAGGAGCUCUAGUGUUCCAGAAGAUCUUCUGAGAAAGAUAGUAGAGCGCUGUAACGGAUUUCCGCUUGCCAUUACAGUGACCGGAAACUCACUUCGCGGACGAGCUAUAGAGUUCUGGCGUAAAAGACUCAGAGACUGGUCUAAAAGUUCUAUUCUUGAUAUUGAGACUGUGUUGCUUCUUCGCCUUCAAAGUAGCAUAGAUGCCUUGGAUGAAGAAGAUGCUAUCAUCAAAGAAUGUUUCAUGGACCUUGGUUCAUUUCCUGAAGACCAAAGAAUCCCUGCUGCUGCCGUCAUUGAUAUGUGGGCAGAGUUAUAUGAGCUAGAUGAAGACUUUCUGUCUAUUGCAAACCUCCGCGAGCUCACCACUAGAAGUCUGGCAAAUCUUGUGAUCACCAGGAAGGAGAAUAUGGAGAUGGUGGAUGACUACUACGUUGAACACUUCGUUACCCAGCAUGAUAUACUUAGAGAGCUGGCUGUCUAUAACGCGAAACUAGACCCAAUAGAACAGAGAAAAAGACUGAUUGUAGACAUAAGUGGAGACAAUGAACCCAAGUGGUUGACAGAACAGAAGUCUCAACCCAUCAAGGCUCGCCUCUUAUCUAUCUCCUCUGAUGGAGUGUUUUCAACAAAAUGGCAGAGCAUUCAACUACCAGAGGUUGAGGUCCUAGUUUUGAAUAUUCAGACAAAGAACUAUGCCUUGCCUCAAUUUGUGGAGAAAAUUGACAAAUUGAAAGUUCUAAUAGUCACAAAUUACGGUUCAUUACCUGCUGAAUUGAGUAAUUUUGAGCUACUGGGUUCAUUAUCAAAUCUGAAGAGAAUCAGAUUGGAGCGCAUUUCGAUUCCUUCCAUAACCAAGAACCCCAUAAAAUUUCGGAGUCUAAAGAAAAUAUCUUUAUUCAUGUGUAACAUCGGUCAAGCUUUGAGCAAUUGUUCAGUCAAAAUUUCGGAUGCAUUCCCAAAUUUAGAGGAAAUGAAUAUUGACUAUUGCCAUGAUUUGGUGGAAUUGCCAAACGAGGUCUGUGAUCUUAUUCAUUUAAAGAAGCUCAGCAUCACCAACUGCCAUAAUCUACAUGCCUUGCCUGAACGGAUUGGGAAGCUGGCCAAUUUACAAGCGUUGAGGCUAAGGUCCUGUACAGACUUGGUAAAACUUCCAGGCUCGAUAAAGAACCUUAAAAAGUUAGACUUUCUUGACAUAUCUGAUUGCUUCAGCAUUAGGGAGUUGCCUGAAGACAUUGGUGAAAUAAGCAAUUUAAGAAAUAUCAACAUGAGACAGUGCUCAAGAUUGCAAGAGUUGCCUCUAUCCGUUUUUUAUCUCGAGCAGUUAAAGGAAGUGAUAUGUGAUGAAGAGACAGGAAGUCUGUGGGAGCCCUUCUUGAACCGUCUCAGAAGCACACGCAUAAUGGUGGCCAAAGAAUAUCAACCUGAAUUGGCUCCACUAGCUUCAAUUUUGAGACCUGUCUUUUUCUUACAGAAUGUUGGAGGAUCAACAAUGGGAGGAGCAGGGGAGCUUAUUGGAGGGGCUGUUCUAGGAACACUAUUUAGUGAGCUGUAUGAAGGCCUUGAGAAGCUGAUCAUCAAGAAUUUCAAAUAUAAAGACAUCCUCAACGACUUCAAGUCAAGGUUAGACUCUUUAAAGCCAGUGAUCGACCAGAUAGAAGAAUACAACACGGCAAUGGAUCGCCCAGAGCAGGAACUGAAAGACCUAAAAGAAGUGAUGAAGAAGGGGAUAGAGCUCGUCGGCAAGUGCUUUGAGGUUCGUGAGUGGCACAUCUACAAAAAGUACAAAUAUGCCAACAAACUUCUUCAGUUGGAUAAAUCUCUCCAAGCACUUCUACAGGGACUGCAUGUGCAGGGCAUAAGGGAUGUGAAGGAGAGCUCGGUUUCGGUGAGGAACAUAGAGAAGGUGGUCAGCCGAAUUGAAUCAAGUUUGGUGUUACAAAAUCAAGCUGAGACUGAAGUUUGGGGUGCAGCACCUGAACUUCCGGCGCUUGUAGUUGGGUUGGAUUUUCCUUUGAAGGAGUUGAAGAGGAAGCUUCUUAAUCUUAAAGAUGGGGUGUCAAUGCUUGUUCUGACUGCUCCUGGAGGAUGUGGCAAGACCACUUUGGCAACAACAUUUUGUCAAGAUCAGGAAGUCGAAGAUAUAUUCAGGGACAAUAUCUUCUUUGUCACGGUUUCGAAAAACCCCAACUUGGAAUAUAUUGUACAAGAACUUCUUCAACGGACGGGUUCCACGCCACCUACUCUCGGAAACGAGGCAAGUACAGUAAAGUGGCUGCACCAUUUUCUCAAGGAACGAGGACAAAAUCCUUUACUGUUGGUCCUGGAUGAUGUUUGGUCUGGAUCAGAAUCCCUUCUGGAGAAGUUUGAUCAAGUUAAAAUGCCAAAUUAUAAGCUUUUGGUGACAUCAAGGUCUGAAUUUCCGAGAUUUGGCUCUUCAUAUCAUUUACAGUCAUUGGAUUAUGACAAUGCAAUGAAACUUUUUCAUCAUUAUGCAUCUUUGGGAGAUAAGAGCUCUCAUAUUCCACAAGAUCUUUCAAGACAGAUAGUAGAGCGUUGUAAGGGAUUUCCACUUGCCAUUAAAGUGCUUGGGGGAUCACUUUGCGCACAGCCUAUAGAGAUCUGGACACAGAGACUAAUUGAAUGGUCCAGAGGUUCUACUGUUCAUGAUUCAGAUGCUGAGUUGCUUCUUUGUCUCCAAAGCAGCUUCGAAGCAUUGGAUAAAGAAAUGGCUAUUAUUAAGGAAUGUUUCUUAGACCUGGGUUUGUUUCCCGAAGACCAAAGAAUCCCUGCUGCUGCCCUCAUUGAUAUAUGGACAGAGUUAUAUGAUCUAGAUGAAGAUGCAGAGUGCAUUGCAAACCUCUACAAGCUCUCCUAUCGAAGUCUCGCUAAUCUUGUAGUCGCAAGGAAGGAAAAGGUGGAGAAGGUGGAGAAGGUGGAGAAGGAGGAGAAGAAGGAGAAGGUGGAGAAGAAGGAGGGGAAUCAGUACUACAGUGAACACUUUGUUACCCAACAUGAUAUUCUUAGAGAGCUGGCUAUCUACUACUCAAAACAAGAACCAGUAGAACAGAGAACAAGGCUGAUUAUUGACAUAUGUGGUAACAAACUUCCCAGGUGGUGGAGAGAACAGAAGCAUCAACUGAUGAAGGCCCGCCUAUUAUCUAUCUCAACAACUGACGGACUGUUUCCAAAAAAAGUGCACAACAUGCAAGUACCAGACAUUGAGGUUCUAGUCUUGAAUUUCCGGACAAACAACUAUGCCUUACCCGAAUCUGUGGAGAACAUGGAUAAAUUGAAGGCUUUAAUAGUCACAAAUUAUGGUUUCUUACCUGCUGAGUUAAGCAACUUUCAACUUCUGAGUUUGAUAUCGAAUUUAAAGAGAAUCAGAUUAGAACGCAUCUCAGUUCUUUCCAUAACCAAGAACCCCAUAGAAUUGAAGAGUCUGCAGACGAUAUCCUUGUUCAUGUGUAAUAUCGGUCAAGCUUUCAGCAACUGCUCCAUCCCAAUCUCAUCAGCAUUCCCGAAUCUAGAGGAAAUGAACAUUGACUAUUGCGAUGAUCUGGUGGAAUUGCCUGCCGACCUCUGUGAUCUUAUUCGACUAAAGAAGCUCAGCAUCACUAACUGUCAUAAGCUAUCUGCCUUGCCUGAAGAGAUUGGGAAGCUGGUCAACUUAGAAGUGUUGAGGCUAAGGUGCUGCACAGACUUGGUAAAACUUCCUGGCUCCAUUAAGUACCUCACUAGGUUACACUUUCUUGACAUAUAUAAAUGUUUCAGCAUUAAGGAAUUGCCUGAAAAGAUUGGUGAAUUGAGUGGUUUAGAAACAAUCAACAUGGGACAAUGCUCAAGAUUGCAAGAGUUGCCUGUAUCAGUUUUGAAUCUUGGGAAGUUACAAGAAGUGAUAUGCGAUGAAGAGACAGAAAUAUUAUGGGGGGAACCUUUCAAAUCCCAUCUCACAAAGAUAAAGAUAUCGGUGAAAAGUAGACUACACCCUGAAUUGGCUCCACAAUCUUUGAGAGCUGACUGUCCUUAAUAAACGUAUGUUGGGGCAAUGUCUGUGUGAUUUGUGUUUCAAUUUUUCAUUUUCCUAGUUUUCUUCUCUUUAAUUUCUUAUGAGGAAAGACAGAGGAGGGUAGGGGCUACCCUUCCUUGUGCGAAAGAAGUAUACAGUAAAGAAGACAAUAGUCUACCAUUCUUCUUGGAAAAAAUUAAAAGCUGUAAACUCCAAUUUAGUCGCAAUGCUAAAAUAUUAAUUGAAUCCACCUAA